AUGUCGUCAACUAUCCUUCUCGGCUUGUUCCUGACAAGCACCCUUGUCUCCUCCACGACCGUGCGUACGUCCACGCCAGUGUUGGGGUGGAAUUCGUAUAACUACUACAAUUGCUACCCGAAUGAGACAAUCAUCAAGAACAAUGCUCAAGGCCUGGUGAAUCUGGGAUUCGAUAAAGCCGGUUAUAACUUCGUAACGGUGGAUUGCGGUUGGAACGCUAACUACCGAGACUCCUCCGGCCAGUUGGUGUGGAACCCGAAUCUAUUUCCUGCUGGUGGUCCGGCCCUAGGUGAAUACAUUCACGGUCUGGGUCUCAAGUUUGGCGUGUACUCUGGCGGUGGCAUCUUUCAGUGUGGGUCAACUGACCAGCCUGCUUCCCUGGACUAUGAUAAUGCUGUCACACAGGAUCCCACCAGAUUUCGUACCAUGAAAGCUGCACUUGACGCCACGUCUCGGCCCCUUGUGUAUCAGAUCUGCCAGUGGGGCGUUGGAACUGACAUUGGGACUUGGGCUUCUGAGAUCGGAAACUCGUGGAGAAUCAGUAACGAUAUUUAUAACGCCUGGCGAAGCAUCUGGCGCAUCACCAACCAGGUCGUGCCGUACUACAAGCACACGGGAGUCGGAAAGUAUGCGGACAUGGACAUGCUCAUUGUCGGCCUGAAGGCGCUGUCACUGGAGGAGGAAAAAUUCCACUUCGGCAUGUGGGCGAUCAACAAAUCCCCCCUCACGAUCGGGGCGCCCCUAGACACAAAACUGGCACCCGCCGCCUCGCUAGACAUCCUCAAGAACGCUGAGGUCCUCGCUCUGAACCAGGACUCGCUCGGCAAGCAGGCCCAGCUCGUCCGUCGGUACACCAACGAGCAGUACGACGUCUGGGCGGGCGAGCUGUCCGGCUCGCGCGUCGUGCUGGGCCUGGCCAACUGGAACAACGCCAGCCAGAGCGUCACCGUCAGCCUCCCCGCCGACCUGGGGAUCGCCUCCGCGGCGGGCCGGGACGUCUGGGCGGCCAAGGACCUCGGCACGCUCAGCGGCUCUUACACGACCACCCUCGCGGGCCACGAGCUGCGCCUCAUCGUCCUCUCCAGCAUCGUCAACGCCACCACCGGCAUCCAAAAGUCCACUGGGUACUACACGGCCGCCACCGGCUCCACCCGGUCCGGCGCCGCAGCCGUCGUGUCCUGUCCCUCGGGCCAGUGCCUUCCCGCGGGCAGCAAGGUUGGCAACAUUGGGCAGGGCCAGGCCGCAGCCGCUGUGACUUUCGCGAAUGUCACUGCUAAGACUGCUGGGAAGAAGCUAUUAGGCGUAGACUUUAUCAACUACGACGCCGCGCUGGCGACGGCGUGGGGCCUGGGCGACAACACCCGCAACAUGACGAUCGCGGUCAACAAGGCUGCGGCGAGCGGCACGCGCUACGCUUUCCCUCUUUCUGGGGGCGACUGGUAUGAUUCUGGGCGGCUGUACGUCUAUGUCGAUGGGUUCCAGGCUGGCAGCUCUAAUCAGGUUGUGUUCACUGCGUCUGGCACCGCGCAGACCUGGGCGCCGGACUUGGUUGGCUUUGAGGUCUACGAGAUUCAGUGA